UGGUCCAUGUUUCUGUUUGUGGGCUUGACGUCACGAAGUCAGCAGGCCAAUGUUUACAUCCAGCGCAGCUCGCCGUGGACGUCUAUGAAGAGAAACCGAGACAUAGAAGAAACAACGGGAGACUAUUAACUUGAAUUAACUCGAAUGGACAUCAUCACCGGACCAUAGAUUCGUGUCUCAGCGUCAGACGGUUCAGCUCGGUCGACUGUAAAGUCGUCGGGGUGUUUCCCGUGACGAGUUUCUCCCCAAAAUCCAGUCCCAUCUCCAUUUCUCCUUUCCUUUGUGUUCAUUUUUGCCUACUUUUUGCAGCCCCAAACAAAGCCAAAAUGGGAGGUGCGGUCAGUGCUGGGGAGGACAACGACGAGUUGAUUGACAACCUGAAAGAAGCCCAAUACAUUCGCUCUGAUCUGGUCGAACAUGCCUUCAGAGCCAUUGAUCGUGCUGACUACUAUCUGGAAGAAUUCCGCGACAGUGCCUACAAGGAUUUGGCCUGGAGACACGGUAACAUCCACCUUUCUGCACCCUGCAUCUACUCUGAGGUGAUGGAGGCUUUAUACCUGCAGCCUGGCCUGUCUUUUCUAAACCUAGGCAGUGGCACAGGCUACCUCAGCACCAUGGUGGGACUCAUACUGGGGCCAUUUGGCGUGAAUCAUGGUGUUGAACUGCAUGAAGAUGUUAUAGAAUACGCUUAUCAGAAGCUGGACUUCUUCAUCAAGACGAAUGAAAGUUUUGACAGGUUUGAGUUCUGUGAGCCCUCCUUUGUAGUGGGCAACUGUCUGGAAAUUGCUCCAGAAAGUAGGCAGUAUGACAGAGUUUAUUGUGGUGCAGGGGUCCAGAGGGAACAUGAAGACUACAUGAAGAAGUUGUUGAAGGUUGGGGGAAUCUUAGUACUGCCACUGGAAGAAAAGCUCACUAAAAUAACUCGGACAGGAUAUAACACAUGGGAAACAAGAAAGAUAAUUGCUGUGUCCUUCGCACCACUUGUGCUCCCUAAACAUAGGGAAAAUGGCAAACCAAGAGCAGUGUCCCUACCUGCCAUGUUCGAGGUGCGAAGUCUUCAGGAUUUGGCCCGCAUCACCAUCCGUCACAUUCUAAAGAGAUCUGGGUCUGGAUCCUUGCCACUACCCCAGAGAACUGGAUUGAAGCGAAGAAAUCACUUUAAACAGAAACGUGAGCACCGUGACACCCCUCUUCUGACCAACAGUUAUUUGUUCAUGAGUCGCUUAAUUCCCGGACCCAUGGACAACAACAACAACCAGUCAAACACAGACAAUGAGAAUGAGGAUGAAGACUGCAGUAGGGUUUGUGAGCAACUAGAGGAUAAAGAAGAGAAUGAGAGGAGGAAGGAGGGCAGUGUUUUGGUGAUAGAGACUCCAGUAAACCUCUUAAGGGAGAGAAUCCUCAGCCUGCCUUUGCCAGAGCCUCUCAAGAUGUAUCUUCUUUAUUACAGAGAGAAGUAGAUUUCAGUGCAUUUACAGCUACCCAUCACUGUUACUUUAAGAGUCCAUGGCUCUUUAGUUACUCACUUUCACAUUAUCCUGGUGAUCUUGCUCAUAGCAUUACACCACUUUUUUUUCUGCCAAUGAGGGGUGAAGUUAUCGAUGAGGGGAAAUGAAGUCUCAUUUGGUUCCACCAAAGUUUAAAGUCUGGAUUCAUGGUCUAUGAUGCAAACCAUCAACACAGAAACAAGAAAUGGAGUGAAAACGAAUUAAGUUUCAUGUUAUUUGUGGAGUGAUUUUUUUUAAAUGAAGACAAGACCAGAGGCUAUCAAUUUGCUAAAUCAUAAAUGCAGUAUAGUCUCACUUGUUUUGUGUGUGUUACCAUCUAGUUUCAGUUCUUAGAUUUACUAUGAAAAGUGAAAAUCUAAAUAUUCUGGUGUAUGGAUUUGUAACAAAUGUCUAAUUGUGUGAAGAUACAAAGGCACGUUAAAAAAAAAAUGUGAUUGUCCUACAAUCUCUCUAGUAAAGUUUUUGGACAUUUCAAAAUAAAAGACUUUGAUUUUCUAAGGUAUUUUGCCAAUUUAAAACGGUCUUGGGUUUGUACUGUUUUCAGGGCUUAUGUUUGCAUUUUUGCUUUUUAAAUGUAUAAAAGGUCUAUAGUUGUGUAAUCAGUUCUAAAAUAUAUAUUUUAAUUUAAUUAUAAAAUGCACUGAUGGGCACUGUCAAGUGAUGUAGAAUGGACUAAUUCAAUAACCAUUUUUUUUAAAUUGAUCUUUUCUAUUGUCUUUAUCAUGAUGACCCAAAAUAUUUUACCUUAGAAGUAUCAAAUUUUUUUAAAAGGCUAAAAUAUGGAAUGCGAGUUAUAAUCCAUCAUCAUGCAAAUGAAAUGUUGCAAAGACUGGAGGGUCCAAGUUGUUUUGACAUACGAAUCAGUUUCCAGUUUUCAAACUUGUUUGGAGAACACAAAAACCAAAGCAUUAUGUUUGUAUUCUGAUAGAUAAACUAUAUCUAGUUGUCUCUCCAACCAUUUAAUGUAAAAUUUAAAUCAAAACUUCUUGACAUUGGGCUCACAUGCAAGACUGAUUAAAUUAAUAAAUGCAUCAUUUCAGAGGACAGGAGACAAAUAUUUACUAAAUGGGUAACAUUCAAAGAAAUAUCUGCACAAGCUGUGGAAAUGCAUACCAUGAUAUUCUUUGAUACCACCAACACAACUUUGGCCCAUCUUACCCUCAGUUAAAGAAGUUCAAAUAGAGAAAAUACGCUCACUUUCAGCUUUAUUAGAUUUGAAUACUGUGCUUAACCGCCAAGUACAGACUGGACUUCACUUUGGAUAAGAAAAUAAAAAUGGAAACGAAAAGAGUGAAAGCACUUGCAAAAUAACAAAAAUGUAUUUUCUUGUUUAAUGAUUAAAAAAAUAUUUCUUUGCAAGACAUUACACAAUUCUCAUAAAGCUCUCUUCACAGAGAGGCAUCAAGAGAAGAAAACUAAAAGGAACGCCACCAUUUUCACACUGAACUGAUGACUGGUGUCAAGUAGAUGAGGUAAAUGUUUUGUUGGAGGAAAAAAAAGGCACAAUUUACAAUCGACCGUGCCAUGUAAAUUCACGUAAUAAUACCAAUAAUAAUAACAAUAUCAUUAUUAUUGUAAUAAUAACACCAUAACAGCAAUAGAAAAAAUAUGCAACAAAAAUACAGACUGAAUUUUAUCUUACAAGUAAUCUUCCAGCCCUACUGUAUUGCCUGG